AUGAGACAAUUAGUCAAGACAUAAUUAUUAAAGAGUAAUAUUUAGGAACUUAGAAGCUCAAUCGAUAUUCGCAAAGUGCUUAACAAUAAGUACAGAGAUUCAGAAUCCAGCGACUUCUAUAAAAAGAAUCGUGAAUAAUUAGUUUCUAGAAUAAAGUAAGACAUGGAUGUUGAUUCAUACACUGGAGCCACUACAAGAAGAACAUAAUUCUAACAAUAUUAUUAGGACUAACCUUCUUUAGGAUUUGUAUAUCCCAUGAAUCCAGGAAGAGGUGCCUUUAUGGAACCUGACUGCAGAUUUACUGGAAAUGAUUUUAUGGAAAAGAUUAACACUCACUUCGCUACUGCAAUCACUUCAUCUUACUAGGAUUUAGAUAAAGUUGUUAAGAUUUAAGUUAACGAUAGCAAGAAAAACAUCGAAUAAAAUUUAGAAAAGCUUUUCAGAGAGAAGAAUCCCAACAAGGAAUUCAACUUCGAUAAGGAAUAUGCUCGUUAUUUAAAAUUAGACUCCAAGAAAUUUAAAAAGGAAUAUGGAUACGAAACAGACUGA